UUUCUGCUCAGGCUCGUCUCUCCUUUGCACGCCUCGGCCGACCCCCAGCGACCCCCCCAGCUCCCCCCCAGGCGAUCGGACGAAGAUGUCGGAGGUGCUGCCCUACAGCGAGGAGAAGCUGGGGCCCUACGGCGAUGGGGCGGACGUGGGGCAGAUCUCCUUCACCUGCCGCUUGCAAGACACCAACAACUUCUAUGCCGGGGGGCAGACCAAGCGGCCCCCCAAGCUGGGCCAGAUCGGCCGGAGCAAGUGUGUGGUGAUUGAAGAUGACCGAAUUGACGAUGUGCUCAAAAACAUUUCCGAAAAGCCACCUCCGGGCGUUUAAAUCUCCCCACAGAGACACUGAGUAAACAGGAGGGGAAAUAAGAUAAUUUACCUUGUAAUGUGCAUUGUUGAGGUAAAAAAGCCGAGCAACAUCAAAAUGAGAAGGGGGAAAAGCAAACCCAUAGCACUUUGAAGUUCUUCACUGCUAGCCAGUGAGCGACCUUUGCGAAUCUGCAAAUUCUAUCUUAGCAUCUGGCUCCGAAGCAGAAGACGGAGAACUGAGGAAGGCGGCUUUGCUUGCUGGCAACCCCCUCCUCCCCAAAAAAGUCAAAACAGAAACAGCAAAAUAAAAAAAAUGUUCAAAUUGCAAUGUAUGAGUUUCAGCAAAGACAUCUAAAUUAACAGCAAUGUCCUUUCUUCCUGGACGAUCAAUACUGCGCAAUUUUCAGUCUGGGAUUUUAAAAAAAAUCCUUAAAAACAAUGAAACAGCGAAACAGUAUUUUUCUGACCUUGGCCAACGACACUGGUUGAGGUAGUUUUAAAUAAACACUUGUUUACAUGGUUCGAUUCUGCAAAAACAGUUUCAUGCAUUUGCAUAUAAUAUGCUCUAUGUUUCCAUUUUUUAAAAUGUCUGUAUUCUUGGAUGUCAAGAGGGUGGGGUGGGAAAGAAUGAUCUAUAAUUAUAAAUAUAUAUAAAUAUAUAUUUAAUUCUAGCUAUCUUUUAAAGUCUUAAUGGAAUGUGUGCAACUAAAACUUUUCUAAGGAAAGGAUGCUAUUGAAGAAGGAUUCUUAUUUUUUAUUCUUUUUUUCUGAAAUAGUAUUAUAGAGCUGGUAUAUCUCUGUCAUAGCUCAUGGCUACUCUCAGCUCAUGCAACAGAGAGAUUUAAUUUUAUAGGUGAAACCAGAGAGAGAGAGAAAAGUAUAUACGCUGCUUUUUUCCUAACUAUAGAGCAGCCUUGUGUGUGGGCAAGCUCAGAUUUCCUUUUUUCCCCCUCCAAAUAUUGUGGCAAGAUAUUCUCUUUAAUAGACUAUAAUUAAACACAUGAACGUUUUGUAAAAAGAAAAAAAAAUCCAAUUGUAACAACAGUCGUGCCAAAUAUCUUGAAAUGCCAUUCUCUUUUUUCACUUCUAAUUUUGUGAUCUCGAGUCUGUAUAAAGUUGCAUUUUGUACCCAAAUUCUGUUCUUUAUAAGCUAUUGACUGACUUUAUCUAGGUAUAUAAAUCUCUCUUUAUUGAUAACAGCUGACUUGGAAAGUCUUCUCGGUUUUGUUUUCUUUCCCUUAGUUCUUCACUUUUUUAUUUGUUAUUAUUUUUUUGCAUGACUUGCAAAAGAAGAGAAACAUGCCUCCAGAAGAGAGGAAACAAUUUUUUUGGGUCCGUUUUGUUUGUGACUCUCGAAUGGCUUUGUGAUCGGGGACUCUCUGUUUCCUUUUCUUAAGAGCCUUGUGUAUCUUGCACUUCUGUCCUUUGCACAGGGCUAUUUCUGCAAUGUACAA